AGAAUUUGGCAUUAAAAGGAAGAGCUGUACAGUCGUCCACAUAUUACACUUUUGGAGCUGCACAGGCCAUCGACGGCAUCAAAUACUCUCCUUCAGGAAAACCCUAUCCAGCGGAAACCAAUACAUACUGCUCCAUCACAGCAUACCAGCUCAGCCCGUGGUGGAGGCUGGACCUGCUGGAUUCUUACUACAUUUACAAAGUGACCGUCACCAACAGAGGCGACUGCUGUCUGGAUGACACAACUGGAGUAGAGAUCCGCAUCGGAAACUCUCUGGAAAACAACGGAAACAACAAUCCCAGAUGUGGUGUCACUUCACUUGUUCCAGCAGGCAGUUCUGUCAGUUUCUUUUGCGGUGGAAUGGAAGGUCGUUAUGUGAACAUGUACAUUCCUAACAUCCAGCAGCAUCUCACACUGUGUGAGGUGGAGGUUUAUGGAACAGGUAAUUUCUGA